GAUGCUGCCAUUUUGGUGCAAACAACAACCACUUUCAUCGCUCCUAAAGAACCAAAAUGAUGUCAGUUGCAGACUUCAUUACGCCAUUUUUGUGUGCUUUACGUUACCGGCGCAAAUCAUCAUCAGCAGAAGGGAUAACUAGCUUGGCAGCGUGAAUUACGAGGACCACUAACUAUAACAAGACAGAGUUAACCUGCAACCUACACUGCCCUAAAAGUGAGCUUAAUGUAGCUGGACAGAGCUCUGAGUCAAAUAGAAUAAGCUGCACGCUGUUGCUGUCGAUAGUGAACGGGCAUGAUACCAAUUAGCUAACAGAGAAAAUCCCUAGACCACCGGUCCUUUGCUAGCUAGAUAGUACAGAUAGCCAACAAGCUAAAGGGUCUCAGCUAAUACGACCACAAGCAUGCCUAUUAAAUUGACAACCCAGGCAUACUGCAAGAUGCUUCUGCAUGCGGCUAAGUAUCCCCAGUGUGCUGUGAAUGGAUUGCUGGUGGCCGAGAAACAAAAGGAUAAAAAAAAGGAAGACCACUCAGUUUCAAUCCUCUGCGUGGACUGUGUACCUCUGUUCCAUGUAACACUAGCUUUGGCACCUAUGUUGGAGGUGGCCCUUACACUGAUUGACACUUGGUGCAAGGAGAACAGAUAUGUCAUUGCUGGAUAUUACCAAGCCAACGAACGUACAAAAGAUUUCAGACCCAAUCAGGUCGCAGAAAAAGUUGCUGCCAGGAUCUCUGAGAAUUUCAGUGAAGCAGCAAUUGUAAUGGUGGACAACAGCAGGCUAACCAUGAGCUGCUUUGAACCCAUUGUAUCCAUCUAUGACCAUCACGAAAACAAGUGGAAAAGCAGGGAGGUAAAUGAGGAAUGUUUCGAGGAUUGGACUGAGGCCCAGAAGAUCACGUCCUCUCUUUUGGAUGGAAGGUCCUACGAGAGCCUUGUUGACUUUGACAAUCACCUGGACGACCUCAGGAACGACUGGACCAACCCAGAGAUCAACAAGUCUGUGCUGCACCUGUGUUAAGAGCCCUGUCAUCCUCCACCCUGUUCUAAGAGCCCUCUCAUCCUGCACCUAUGCUAAGAACCCUCUCAUCCUGCAACUGUGCUAAGAGCCCUCUCCUCCUGCACCUGUGCUAAGAACCCUCUCAUCCUGCAACUGUGCUAAGAGCCCUCUCAUCCUGCACCUGUGCUAAGAGCCCUCUCAUCCUGCACCUGUGCUAAGAGCCCUCUCAUCCUGCACCUGUGCUAAGAGCCCUCUCCUCCUGCACCUGUGCUAAGAGCCCUCUCCUCCUCAUCCUCCAUCCUCUGCCGCCCCCUCCCCGAAGUCACAACACUUAAGCAAGGAUGUUGCUGUCUAUGCAGCAUGUGUAGUGCUACAACCACUGUAGCACAGGAAUGCAAAGUUCAGAAUGCUUUGUUCCGUGGUAGGAGGUUGAAGGGUGCUUGUAGGGACACUGACCAUAAGACUACAUCUAAGGGCCAGAAGGAUACAGGCACCUUCAGCUUCUUCAUAACUUUAAUACGGAGAAUUUAGGUGAUCAACACCUUGUUUCCUGGAAUGCAACAGCUUUUUAAUUGUAGUUUUUGCUUAUUUUUUUGCUUUCUUUCUCCGCAACUGUUUGUGUUUGCUUGUAGUUGAUGUAGGUGUGAGAUUUUUCAUUGUAGAGAAACUUGUAUUUGAUUUUCAAUUAAAUACAAAAGAUUUUUUUAACAAUCACUAGCCUUACAGAGAUGAUAGUCAUUCAUAAAUUUUCUUCAGAGAUCAGACCUAUUUAUAUAAUGACCUACUGUAUUAUAUGAAAUUGCAUUAUAUUCUUUAUUUUGGAAAUUAAGUCUUAAUGAUAAUAUUUUACUCUAAAAAGUUUUCCUUUAAUUAGAUUGAUUUAGUAUUUAUUUGUUAGAUUAGGUCAUUCUUAAUUGCGAAAUUACUCUUGCCAUAUGAUGGGUAAUAAACAAAUAAGGUUUGGAUUAAAGCAUAUCCUCGGUCACAAUAUUAUUUAGAAAUCAAGUUUGUUUUUGAGAUUAGACAAAACUAAAAGAGCUAGAUAAAAUAACUGAUGUCUUGAUAUGAAAUGUUUUGUACACAAUUGUAUGAACUGAAUGUACAAAUACAAAAUAACUUUUGAGUAAAAGACCAUCUGUGUUUUGGCUUGUUAUUGGCUUAUGGUACCACUCAUAUCCCUUAUAUGAUCCUGCUUUAAAAUGAUAAAUAUCAACAGAUUCAACAAAACACGUACAUUUCCAAUGUCAGUUGUCAACCAAAUAAUGACACUUACGAAUAUACAUCAUUUUCAACGAAAAUUAAAAAGGCUGAAAAAGGCUUCAUAUAAAU